AUGCAGUCCGCAUGUCAGGAACAAAAACCCCCACAACCCGGAGGAGCUUUGCACACUCUAUUCACACGUACUUAUCACUCUGAUGAGCACGAUGCUGUCCAAUGGCACAAUUCUAACUCCGAAUACAUAAUUCGCGCGUUCAGUUCAAGACGAAGGCACAAUGACGGAUCACUUCUGACAUCGCGAAGUAAGCGGUCGCGCUCUCCACCAGAACCCGAAGAGGACGGGGCUGACGAGGCUGACGAGGCCGACAGGGCUACGCCGGCGUUGCUGGGGAUACACGCUGCGCGCUGCUCGUACAACAACUACGCGCCUCGAAGAAGGCCGAUGUCGAACAUAAUGUCUCCCUGCAGAUCGGUGCAAGGGCUGACGAGGGCGCAGUUGCGCUUGUGUAAACGACAAGGAGAUACGUCGGCCACGGCGCUCCAAGGGCUCCAAAUGGCGGUUGCCGAAUGUCAGCACCAGUUUAGGAAAGAAAGAUGGAACUGUUCAAGUCUGGAUACAAAAAAUAGUAAUCCGCACACGUCGGCAAUCUUAAAACAUGGUUAUAGAGAAUCAGCAUUUGCUUAUGCAAUAUCGGCUGCUGGAAUAUUGCACAGUGUAACCAGAGCGUGUAGUCAAGGAUCUCUUAUAUCAUGUGGCUGUGGACCGACCCCGAAAAAGCCUUUUUUGCCAACAGCGGCUAACCGAAAAGCUUUCAAACUUGAAGAACAAAGACUAAAUGCUAUUGGUAUAAAUAAUGAAAUGAAUGCAAUAAACCAAAUACCACUUGAAAAUUCCGAAAAAACUGAAACGGGAAGUAAAUGGAAAUGGGGCGGUUGUUCACAUAAUUUAGACUAUGGAAUGGAAUUUUCCAGAUUAUUUCUAGAUUCCAGAGAAAGCCUAGGAGAUAUACAAUCGCGUAUAAAUCUACACAACAACGAAGCCGGUAGACUGGCUGUAGCUAAUAAUAUGCAAAUAAGAUGUAAGUGCCAUGGAAUGUCAGGUAGUUGUCAAUUGAAAACGUGUUGGCAAACUUCACCGGAUUUUCGUACCGUUGGACGCGUGCUCAGAGAUCGAUACAAAUCUGCGGUUUUGGUCGAUCAAUCGAAUAUGAACGAUGGAUCGCCUAUCCUGCGAGUAGAUUCAAAGAAAAAGAGGCGAAAAAAUAGACAAGGCGGUGGCAAUAGAAACCGAAAUAUCAAUUCCGAAAAUUCUUCAAAUAAAAGGAAACGUGGAGGUCGUGGAAAACGAUUUCAGCAAUCGCUAUUGUAUUAUGAACGUUCACCAAAUUUUUGUGAUGCUGACUCUGCAGCCGAUAUUGCAGGUACGUCGGGUAGACGCUGCACCCACAACGCGACCCAGGACGCCGCUCUCGACAGUUGUUCGACGAUGUGUUGCGGACGCGGAUACAAUUUGAUAAGGGAACACUAUGUGUCGAGAUGCAAUUGCAGGUUCCACUGGUGCUGCACGGUCGACUGCGACACUUGCGAACGAGACGAAUGGAUAGCCGUAUGCAAAUAG